CCUCUCUGCAACACAGAAGAAGUUCUACGAGGAAAACACCAACCAAUUAAAAAAAAAAGGACAAAACUUUUCAAAUGGUUUCGCCUCUAAUCUCGUGCUUUUCUCGAUCUUCUCUUCUCUGUUUCUCCGAUCGCCGGAGUUCUUUACCGCCGACGACUUGUUUCCGUUCCGGUUUGAGCCGGUUUGCUCUGGGUUUUGCUAACCGGCGGUUAGUUGAUGUUAACCGGAGAUUGAAAUCGGUUUGCUUCUUCAAUGCGGGAAAGGAAUCUGGAGGAGAGGGAAAGUUACAGGAAGCCAGCAGCUCAGAGUGGCCGAUACUUCAAAGAUGGGAAGUCCCAUGGGAAUGGCAGACUGUUUCGCUCACAUCGCUUGCUUGCGGCUUAAGUUUUGUUUUGACAGGAGUAACUGAGAUGGCGGUCCUUCCGUAUCUAGGAAUCAAGAUCGAAGAACUAAGCUUGGACGAGAAAGCAGAAAUUCUAUUCCUCGAUCAAGGCAUAACUACCGCAGCAGUUCUCGGUGUCAUAUUUACUGUUGCCAAAACCUUCGAUCCACUCCCUGAAGAUAUUUUUCGCUAUGAUUUAAGACAACCCUUCGACCUGCAGAAGGGGUGGCUCCUGUGGGGUGGGAUCGGUCUGGUUGGUGCUGUUGGUUCUAUCGCGUUAGUAGGAACUGUGCUUUCCUUGUUCAGAGGGGAGAUGCCGGAGAGAGAGGUAGAUUCAUUGGUUAAACUCCUACCAUUGAUUGGAUCAUCAAACAUAAGCACCUUAAGCUUGGUGGGAAUCACCGGAAUUCUGGCUCCAGUUCUAGAGGAGACGGUGUUUCGAGGGUUCUUCAUGGUCUCCCUCACAAAAUGGGUUCCGACCCCCAUUGCUGUCACUAUCAGUGCAGCCGCAUUUGCUCUCGCCCAUCUCACUCCCGGUCAAUUCCCUCAGCUGUUUGUCCUCGGAACUGUGUUGGGAUUCUCAUACGCUCAGACCCGCAAUCUUGUUACGCCCAUCAUGAUCCAUGGUUUUUGGAACUCUGGAGUCAUUUUGCUUCUCACCUUCCUUCAGCUUCAAGGGUAUGACAUCAAGGAACUGUUACAGGCAAAGUAGCUUCAAGCUUUUCAAUGUUGCAUGUAAGAAACUCAGCCUCAAGACUUAAGAGCUGCAGAUGAAAAUUCCAACAACAGAUCUUCUUUUCCUGUUUUUUUUUUAAAAUACUAUUAUGGGCUAAGAUCUGGAACUGAGAAGAUUCCAAAAAACAUAAGCAAGAGAGAUCAUAUAAAGGCAGAAAUUGCCAAAGCCAUGAGUUGAAAACAAAGUUAAAGGGCAAGUACUGACAAGAGAAUC